GACGUGGGACUUUGACAGCGCGUUCACAUGCGAGCACUUGGUGACUAGCAAGAUCAAAUCAGACAGAUUUGUCAACUUUCAUAAUCGGUGUUUCAGGAAGAUUUUUUUUUUUUUUUUUACCAAGACAUCCGUAGUGCUUGUUGCUGUUUGUUGUGUUGUUGUUGUUUUUGCCAGUUCGGGGGUGUAAACUUUUGUCAGGGCAAUCAGUCCCUGCUUCAUCGUCCUGCCGCAAUCCGGCGGGUGUUAAGAUCCAUGGAAGUGGUCGGUUUUUACGAAAGGGACUGCCUUGCAUUCCACAGCGGCCACAGUCUGGGUCCCGUCCACGGCGGCGUGUACAAACCCUCCACUGACGGCUCGAUGACGAAACUCGGCAUCUCCGAGCACGAGAAGGCGAUCGACUUCAGCAUCUACUUAGACUCCGCUCUCCACUACCAGCAGCCGGCUCUCCACGCCGAGGAGAUCUUCACUGCAGACUUCUCCAUCAGCGGGGACGCCAAGAGCAAGCGAGCCGCCGCGGAGGCGCCCGAUUACAAGAGCUACGCGCCGCUGACCGAGCGCGAAGCCAACCGGAGCCAGCUCGGCUACUCCGAGCUUCAGGAGACGCGCCUUGACACCGUAUUCAGCCCGGACUUUCUGGGCGCAUACGGGAAAACCCAGUGGCGAGGCGACGUGAACGAAGAUCCACGCAUGGACGGAUCGGGGGGCUACGACAUGCGCUCCUACCUGCCGUACCAGACGGCGCCCAGUGGGAGCCUCGGGAACAUCUCCAACGCGUCCUCGUCGUGCUCCAGCCCGCCUGGCACGCCCGCUCCGCCCAGCAAAGCCCGAUCGCCUCAACCCGGCGGUAAAAUCCCGUCUACAGGCAAAGGCAAGAAGCGCCUGGACAAGGACAGCGAGGAAUACCGGCUGCGGCGGGAGCGCAACAACCAGGCCGUGCGCAAGAGCAGGGACAAAGCGAAAAUGCGCAAUAUGGAGACGCAGCACAAAGUGCUGGAGCUGGCGGCUGAAAACGAUCGGCUGCAGAAACGUGUAGAGCAGCUGUCCCGGGAGCUGGCCACCCUGCGCAACCUGCUCUCCGCCACCGGCCAGUGCUAACGCUUACUUUAACUACCUGCGUACGCAAGACUGUAAAACAUCAAUUCCAAAGAGUACGUUUUUAUGUCCUUUUUUUUUUGUUUGAUAUGUUUUGUUUUGUUUUUACAAAAUGACUUGUGAAAAUAUCGAACAAUGCUUUUAAAAAUGUUUACAAGAGCAAAAGAGCGUGUAAAGGAGACUGGCGCCUGGAUUGCGCAACUCUUUCUCCCAUGCUCAAUGACUGUCACUCUGGUGGUGUUGUGGACGCACGCUCAUGUACUUUGUUCUGUACAGUAUUUUUGUACGGGUGAAAUGUCGACUGUUUUAAUAAUACUCUGUUAUUUAAAUACCUUUUCCCCCAUAAUCUGGGGCAGUGGCUGUCGAGGGAAGAGUUGUACUGCAGAGGUAUGAUGCAACGCAUUGUAACAGUAUUGGCCAUGCAAUGAAGUAGUCUGCUAAAACAGAAUAAUGGUAGAUUUCUUGUAUUGUUAUAUCAUAUUUUAUUGAAUUAAAUGAUUUUUAUUUCUUUUUGA